AUGGUGCGUAAUCCAGUUAUUCUUGGCUAUUUUACUGCUUGGUCAAUCUAUAGUCGUUCCUAUUUUGUAAGUGAUAUACCAGCUGAUAAACUUACUCAUAUAAACUAUGCAUUUGCUAAUAUUGGUCCUAACGGACAGAUUGCUCUUGGUGAUCCAUGGGCAGAUAUAGACAAGACAUUUAAUGGUGACACAUGGGAUCAAUCAUUACGUGGAAAUUUCAAUCAAUUAAUUAAAUUAAAAGAAAAAUAUCCACAUUUAUGUACACUUAUAUCUGUUGGUGGUUGGACAUGGUCAGGUAAAUUUUCGGAUAUAGCUGUUAGUGAUCAAAGUCGAUCAACAUUUGCUGCUUCAUGUGUCGAAUUUAUUAAGAAAUACAAUUUUGAUGGAGUCGAUUUAGACUGGGAAUAUCCUGUUUCUGGUGGUUUAUCAGGUAAUAUUCAUCGUCCAGAAGACAAACAAAAUUAUGUUCUUCUAUUAAAAGAACUUCGUAAGCAGUUAGAUGCAGUACCAAAUAAGAAAUAUUUAUUAACUGUAGCAACUGGAGCAGGUACUGAACCAAUUGCUAAUAUCGAUUUGUCUGGUAUGGCUAUGUAUCUUGAUUGGUUCAAUGUUAUGACUUAUGAUUUUCAUGGAAGUUGGGAAUUACAAACAGGUCAUAAUUCUCCAUUAUACAAAAAUGAUAAUGAAAGAACAAGUGAUAUUAAUCCAUCAUUUAUCAAAUCAAAAUAUAAUUGUCAUGCAGCAAUUCAAGCUUAUCUUGUAGCUGGAGUACCUUCUGAUAAAAUUCUUAUGGGUUUAUCUUUGUAUGGACGUGGUUGGCAAGGAGUAACAAAUCAAGAUUUUAAUGGAUUUUCACAAACAGCAUCGAAUCAAAUUCCAACUGGUACUUGGGAAAAUGGUAUUUUUGACUAUGAUCAUUUGAAAAGAACUUUUAUUCCAAACAAUAAACGUUAUUGGGAUGAUCAAUCAAAGGUACCAUUUCUCUACAAUUCAUCAACUGGUCUUUGGAUUAGUUAUGAUGAUGUUGAUUCAAUUAAUUUGAAGAAUGAUUAUAUAAAAAAAAAUCAAUUAGAUGGCGCCUUUUUCUGGGAAUUGAGUAGCGAUCGUCAAGCAGAAUUGAUCGGUGCAACAUUUAAUGCCUUAAAUAAUGGCAUUCAUCCACCAAUAAUAAAUAGUCCGUCAUCAAACAUUGGAACAACGACGAUAAAUAAAGUUCAAACAACGACUCAGUCAUCGAAUCAAGAUUCUUCUUCCGAAUGGCAACCAUCUAAAUCCUAUCUAGUAAAUGAUCAAGUAACAUAUCAUGGCAAAACAUAUCGAUGUCGACAAGCUCAUACGUCAUUGCCAGAUUGGUUGCCACCUGUUGUACAGGCACUCUGGUUGGAGAUUUAA